AUGGGAAGGAAGGCGAGAGCACAGGCACCGAGAGUACACACGUCAGACCAUCAAAGAAAAAGUGCAAGUGUAAGGGUAGCAGUGGAGAGGUUGGGGACUAGUCUUGUACCUAGUAUGACGUCACGCGCAUCAUUGUUCCCACGGAGAGAAGGCGAACACUCUCUUUCUCACCCCCGCCCCCUCACCCCUCGCUGUUCGCAAGCAGUCGACGAGAGCGAGACAGAGAGCAGGCAGAGAGUGCAGAGUCCCGAGACACGUCAUUCAUACGUCCGUCCUCUAUGCUCUCCGUCGUCUGAAGAUUGGAGUAAAACGUUGCUAACAGAUCGACGCUAG